AUGCCGCCUCAUAGCUCUAUCUCCGCCAAGUCUACCCGCCCCGAAAGGAAGAUCAUGGUGCACCGUUUAUCAUCCUGGCAAGAAACCGCCGCUGCCAAGCGGCAGGCCAUUUCCAAUGCGAUUCCCGAGCAUUGGCGUAUCCCAUCCUCACGCAUCCCCGCUGUCGAAAAACAACCCGACGUCACUAGCUGCUAUAUUCAUCACGCUAUGGCCCCAAGGGAUAUCGAGAUCACCGAGGCUGAUGCGGUGACGAUCACGCAACAUAAGACGGUCGCUCCAGCAAUCUGA